AUGGUCAAGUCAUCCACUGUAGUCAUUACCCUGCUCGUGGCCAUGGCGGCAGCAGCACCUAUUCCCGUGAGUCUACCCUGUUAUAUCAGAAGCAGCAGCUCGGUCCUCACUGAUAGUUCAAAACUGGCAGAUCGGGGCGAAGAAUACUCCCUCCCACUUGAACGAUAA